AUGCCACGGGGCCUGCUGUCCCUACUGCUUCUGCUGUCUCUGCUGUCCCUACUGCUUCUGCUGUCUCUGCUGUCCCUACUGUCCCUGCUGUCUCUGCUGUCUCUGCUGUCCCUACUGCUUCUGCCGUCUCUGCUGUCCCUACUGCUUCUGCUGUCUCUGCUGUCUCUGCUGUCCCUACUGCUUCUGCUGUCUCUGCUGUCUCUGCUGUCCCUGCUGUCUCUGCUGUCCCUACUGCUUCUGCUGUCUCUGCUGUCCCUGCUGUCCCUGCUGUCUCUGCUGUCCCUGCUGUCUCUGCUGUCUCUGCUGUCCCUGCUGUCUCUGCUGUCCCUACUGCUUCUGCUGUCUCUGCUGUCUCUGCUGUCCCUACUGCUUCUGCUGUCUCUGCUGUCCCUGCUGUCUCUGCUGUCCCUACUGCUUCUGCUGUCUCUGCUGUCCCUACUGCUUCUGCUGUCUCUGCUGUCCCUGCUGUCUCUGCUGUCUCUGCUGUCCCUACUGCUUCUGCUGUCUCUGCUGUCCCUACUGCUUCUGCUGUCUCUGCUGUCCCUGCUGUCCCUGCUGUCUCUGCUGUCCCUGCUGUCUCUGCUGUCUCUGCUGUCCCUGCUGUCUCUGCUGUCCCUACUGCUUCUGCUGUCUCUGCUGUCUCUGCUGUCCCUACUGCUUCUGCUGUCUCUGCUGUCCCUGCUGUCUCUGCUGUCCCUACUGCUUCUGCUGUCUCUGCUAUCCCUACUGCUUCUGCUGUCUCUGCUGUCCCUGCUGUCUCUGCUGUCUCUGCUGUCCCUACUGCUUCUGCUGUCUCUGCUGUCCCUACUGCUUCUGCUGUCUCUGCUGUCCCUGAUGUCUCUGCUGUCUCUGCUGUCCCUGCUGUCUCUGCUGUCUCUGCUGUCUCUGCUGUCCCUACUGCUUCUGCUGUCUCUGCUGUCCCUGCUGUCUCUGCUGUCUCUGCUGUCUCUGCUGUCCCUACUGCUUCUGCUGUCUCUGCUGUCUCUGCUGUCCCUGCUGUCUCUGCUGUCUCUGCUGUCUCUGCUGUCCCUACUGCUUCUGCUGUCUCUGCUGUCUCUGCUGUCCCUGCUGUCUCUGCUGUCUCUGCUGUCUCUGCUGUCCCUACUGCUUCUGCUGUCUCUGCUGUCCCUGCUGUCUCUGCUGUCCCUACUGCUUCUGCUGUCUCUGCUGUCCCUACUGCUUCUGCUGUCUCUGCUGUCCCUGAUGUCUCUGCUGUCUCUGCUGUCUCUGCUGUCCCUGCUGUCCCUGCUGUCUCUGCUGUCUCUGCUGUCUCUGCUGUCCCUACUGCUUCUGCUGUCUCUGCUGUCCCUGCUGUCUCUGCUGUCUCUGCUGUCUCUGCUGUCCCUACUGCUUCUGCUGUCUCUGCUGUCCCUGCUGUCUCUGCUGUCCCUGCUGUCUCUGCUGUCCCUACUGCUUCUGCUGUCUCUGCUGUCUCUGCUGUCCCUGCUGUCUCUGCUGUCUCUGCUGUCUCUGCUGUCCCUACUGCUUCUGCUGUCUCUGCUGUCCCUGCUGUCUCUGCUGUCCCUGCUGUCCCUACUGCUUCUGCUGUCUCUGCUGUCCCUACUGCUUCUGCUGUCUCUGCUGUCCCUACUGCUUCUGCUGUCUCUGCUGUCCCUGCUGUCUCUGCUGUCUCUGCUGUCUCUGCUGUCCCUGCUGUCCCUGCCGUCUCUGCUGUCUCUGCUGUCUCUGCUGUCUCUGCUGUCCCUGCUGUCUCUGCUGUCUCUGCUGUCCCUGCUGUCUCUGCUGUCUCUGCUGUCCCUGCUGUCUCUGCUGUCCCUGCUGUUUCCGCACACUGAUGCAGAAUAUAUGGAUAUGUUUGCUCUGGAGGGAGCAAGUUGA